UUCAAAUUUAAAUUAUGGUGUAUACAACAACAAAUCGAAAAUGAAAAUUAGGAGGUAAACAAUGCAUUAUAGUCGACCGUCAGUAAUUUAUGAUUGCUAUUAAUAUAUACAGUAAUAGACAAAUGCUAUGAUUAAACCGAAAUUAAUCGUUUUAGCCACAUCACUGAUAAGAAACAAAUGCCUUCAAGAUAAUGAUUAUCUUCAAGUGUCCGUAAGUACUACAUAUUUUACAAUACAAUCGGCCAUUAAUAACGAAACAGUCUCUUUCGGUGUUGCAAAUAUUUAUUCAGCCCUCUAAUUAACUAGCAAGGUACGUAGCAAGAUAGUGAUAACACGCGGUGAUAAAAUAUUACUAAUAAUAGGUCCAAUUAUGAGCAUGUUAUUAACAGAAUAUUUGUUUACCUUUCCAUAAUCAUUCAUGUGUCUACAAUAACAAUGCAAUUUUGUGUAACAUGAACCAGUAGAUGUCACGUAAAAAAUAUAUUCAUUAAGGUAACUUCCAAUACUGAAGAUGAAUGAAAAAAGUGUUGGAAUUUCGCAACAGACAUUAGUAUCUAAUACUGGAGAUGAAAAUGUACCUGCCAAAAAGUUACCUCAAUAUAUUGCCAGUUUAUCAUCAACUCUUGGAGCUCUAGCAGUUGGCAUGGUAUUAGGAUGGACUAAUUCUGCCGGCGACAAUGGAGCAGAAAUACAAGCUUUAUAUGGCAUACAAAUUUCUGGAACUGAAUUUACAUGGAUGGGUUCAUUAGUUACACUUGGAGCAGGAGUGAUGUGCACUUUAAUAGGAAUUCUUGCCGAUUUUAUCGGAAGAAAAUAUGCGAUGCUUCUAAUGGUAGUACCUUUUACCAUAGGUUGGCUGCUUAUAAUUUUUGCCAACUCUGUACUUAUGUUUUAUAUUGGUAGAUUCAUUUCUGGUCUUGGUGCUGGAGCUUUUGGUGUAGCUGCACCCAUAUACUCAGCAGAAACAGCUGAAAAUGAGAUUCGUGGUAGUUUAGGAUCUUAUUUUCAGUUACUUCUUACUGUUGGCAUUCUAUUAUCUUAUAUUUCGGGAAGUUUUGUCAAUAUACGUGAACUAUCUAUUAUAUCUGCUAUUGUACCAUUUAUAUUUUUUGCAAUUUUUAUGUUCAUGCCAGAAACACCUAUAUAUUAUUUGCAAAAAGGUAAUGAAGACGCUGCGCGAAAAAGUUUAAUUAAGUUACGUGGCAAUCAAUAUAAUGUAGAGAAUGAGUUACAAAAGCAAAAGGAGGAUUUAGAAAACAAUGCUAGAAUGAAAACUUCUUUUUUAGUUUCACUUAAAUCGAGAUCUACUGUGAAAAGUUUCAUAAUUUCUUAUGGCCUCAUGUUUUUUCAACAGUUAAGUGGUGUAAAUGUUGUUAUCUUUUAUGUUAGUACUAUUUUUGCAAAAAGUGGCAGUGAUUUAUCUCCUAGUGAAUCCAGUAUCAUUGUGGGUGCCAUACAAGUAAUAGCUGUUUUUCUAAGUACAUUAGUUGUAGAUCGUUUAGGUAGAAAAAUAUUAUUACUGUUAUCUGCAAUAUUCAUGUGCCUAACAACUUGUGCUCUCGGAAUAUAUUUUUAUCUUCAAAACAAUGGAGAGGAUGUUAGUGCAGUUAGUUGGUUACCUUUAGUAGCUGUAUGUAUCUUUAUUACUGUAUUUAGCUUUGGUUUUGGUCCUAUUCCAUGGAUGAUGGUGGGUGAACUUUUUUCACCAGAAGUAAAAGGUGUAGCUGCAAGCAGUGCUGCUCUUUUAAAUUCGAUAUUAGCUUUUAUUGUAACUAAAUUUUAUGGUGAUCUAAAAGAUGCAAUCAGUGAAGGUCCCACAUUUUUGUUGUUUGCUCUAAUAAGUGCUAUUGGAAGUUUCUUUGUAUAUUUCAUUGUUCCUGAAACAAAAGGCAAAUCCUUGAUAGAUAUUCAAAUAGAACUAAGUAACUGAUUCUGAUAAUUGU